GGAUGGAGGAGUUUGAUGGGGUUAUGAGGCGGGCGGGGGUUUGGAGGUGAGAAGGGUGGGAAGGGAGAUGGAUAGCGGAUUUUUUGGACUAUUUGGGAAUGAAUGGGAGACGGCCGGGCCGGGCUGGACUGAAUUGGACUGGGCUGGGCUAGGCUAGGCUGGAUGAUGCUCUCCCCGUACUUUGCAGUACCCGAGAACUGACGGACGAACGAAUGCGAGCACUGGGAGCGGUCAGUAGCUGCUAUGGCGUUAGUAGACCCGCGUGAAACGCGCUUCACCGGGCUGGAGACUUGGGAUGGGCGUCUGGCUGGAUUGCAAUGCCAUAUUCGAUGGGUUCGAGCUAUUAGGCAUCCCCAGCGCAGCAGACGAGACGGACACAAGGAGGCGUUAGGCAUUCCUGCAGGGUUGUCACGCAACUAUGCGCCCCGGAACGUUGAAGGAGCGAUUCACAUAUUGAAAACCGAGCAAAUGCCACAACACUCGAGCCGAGUGAGGGAAGCCGUGGGCAUGGGUCGACAAGAUGUUUUGAAUCGGGGGUCAGUCUUCUCAAGGGAGAUGAAGGUUGGGGUUUGAGGGGGGAGGAUUAUGCGGACAAAUGUGAAGGCACGGCGAAAGGUUAUACCGCGUUGAGAUGGGGAACUCUUGCGCUAAGCUUAGGCGAAAGAGACGAAAGCACACUCGCGAAGUAGAGGGUAUACCCCUCGUACGAAUCAGAUCUAGAUGGUGUAUAUCGUAUCGUAUUUUACAAGGUAUCGUAACAAGACCAACA